AUGGUUUAUUAUCGUACGCCCUCGUCGUCUGCGAACCCAUCGCCGUCCUCUUCACCAGCGUUCGGUCCUGUUGAUUCAUCGCCCUUAUCUUCUCCAAGUUUACAACCAAUAGUCCUCGAUUCACCCCCAGCUACACCUGGACAUGUCUUGCACCCCUUCGCAGCCUCUACUAAAGCAAACAGGCGUCCUCCCCAGUACGAGAAGAAGCUGGAAACACCUCCGGUAACUCCACCGCAGGCUUUCACUUCCAAACCGUCACUAGGAUAUUACCGUGUCCCCAAGCUUACACAUAAGAGUGAAGAUGAUGACUUCUUCCGUGGUAAUGGUUCUCCUAUAAGUAGCUCCUUUUCUCGUCAGGUAUCACGCAACUUAAGCCGUGAGGAACAAAUAUGGGAUGACGCUCUCGAGAAGCCUUUCAGCACGGGUAUCGGUGCCAUUGACCUCAGUAAUCAACAAUUGACAUAUAUCCCUCCGUCAAUUGCUGACCUUUCCAACUUUUUCAACACAUCCGAGAAAUCGGAGCAGGUAAACAUCGUCGAUGCAACCGCAGUUCGCUCCUUCUCUCGUGUCAGCACUGGGACAGAGAGUAGCUCGUCUCGUACUCGUUCGUUCGGAAGAAUAAAGUCCAUUGUCGAAUCUGGGAAAGAAAGGCAUGAACUCCAGCUCUACCUUUCCGGAAAUCAAAUCAGCAAUCUACCCCGCGAACUAUUUUCUCUUCAAAAGAUGACUGUUCUUAUUCUUCGCGGAAACCUUCUUACAUCUAUUCCGUCAGAUAUAUCUCAUCUUUCGAGCUUACGCGAGCUCAACAUAUCCAACAACAAGCUCACAUAUCUUCCAUCCGAGCUUUGUGAGAUGCCUGCUCUAGAUAAACUGUAUCUGAACCCGAACCCAUUUCUCCAAGAGCCUUCUCGUUCUGUCACGCAUCGAAAAGAAGAAUUAGCAAGGCCCCCAACUACUGCCGUCUCUUCUGCCUCUGUUUUCGUACCUUCCAUCCCGCCUUUAAGCGAAAUGUGCUAUCGCAAGCUUCUCACACCAAUCAGUAGUUUUGCUACUACACCCACUGUUCUUUCAGAAUAUUAUGGUGUCCCGCUUUCUGAAUGGUGGGAAGAUUGUAUCCCCUCUAAUAUCCGAGAGACGCUGGGGGCAUGCGUACCAGGAACCUUCAAACCCCACAUCUCAUUAUCGCCCACCUCGAGUCCUUCUCAUGUCCGUUCUCGCAAGCAGUCGCCUUACGUUAGCGUCGGUGUAUGUCCUAAUCCUAAGCACCGGGGCAGCGUGUUCAUAAAGCAUGCCGAAGAAAGGUUCACAUGGGAGAGGGUCAUCAGUGGCGUUGACGUCGGAGGCUCAGUCCCCGUGCGAUGGCGUGGCUGCCUACGGGGUUGUCUAGACUUUUUGGUGCAAAAUGACGAAAACGCUGUUGAAGCUGAGAAUUCUCCUGCGAGUGGCCACGAUGCGGACACGGAGUUAAACUCAGAGUCGGAUGUAGAUUCCCUGAUGGCGGUCGACGACGAGAUGGAUGCGAUUCAGGUGGUAAAGCUGGAUGGAAAUAUGCUCGCUAUGGAUGAGUUUGAAGAUUGAUUUUGGUGGAGCGGGCUGUUGCAUUCGUCUGCUUGCGAGGGAGUCUUUCAACCGGACGCGUCAAUGU